UCUCUCACACACAGAUAGAUCAGAGUAAACUUCAACUCGGUUUUAUCUAUGGUUUUAUUCAAACCCUGUUGGUUUGCCACUUUUGCAAAACGCUUGGUAGUUUUUCUUACGGUAUCUUCGGUAACGGGGUUGAACGCGGAUUUGCGUAAAAAUGGUCAAAAUGCGGCGUCAAAUACUUUUUAGAAAUAGCCAAUAUGUUCUAAAAAUAUCCUAAUAACGUUUUGCGAAGCCAUUUAAAAGUCUAAAACGUAUCUUUUAGCGAGCAUGUUACAUUCGAGGGAUCUCUAAACCAUCUUAAGACGAAUAUCCCACUAAAAUAUUACAGAAAAGUUACAUAACGAUUUAUGAAGAACGUUUUGCGCUAACGUUUGAAGGACGCAGGUCGAGAGAACUUUCCGUGAAUAUAUAACGUUUAAAACGUUUUUCUUUCAUUUGACGAGAGAUAACAGAGAAUACAGCAGCUCGACAAAAGCGUUCCUGUUUUAUUCCUGAAGCACGACGUCGUGUCUCCUGAUAUGAACGUGAUGAAAGUGUUGGACGGAUGAAUCAGAUAUGAUUUAUGAUGAAUAAUGCGCUGUGUGGCGGAUGAAGAGCUGCGUGAUGCUGAAGUGAUCCGCUGGUGUGUGUGUGUGUGUGUGUGUGUGUGUCGGUGGUCCGGAGGGCGGAGCUGCGGGUCUCCGCGCCCCCGGUAACGUUAUCGACGGACGCACCGAUCACUGCUGGGCGGAAGAGCGUCAUUUCAGCAGAAAAACAGACCGAGAGAGGAGCGGCGCGGACGGACGGACGGACUCGGCGCUCCCGUUAACGGAAAUAAAACGGGGAUCGAGGCGUCGACGCACAUCGACGGCGCGUUUCUCUUUCUUCCGCAGCAGGAUGGAUUUACACGCGGACGCGCGACGCGAGCGAGAUCCUCCCGCAUCACCGACGGAGCGUCACUGAAGCAUCACCCGCGCUCCGCGACGCGUCCGACCGCUCCGAUGCGAACAAAAGCCUCGCUUUCACCUCCACCCUGACCGACCGCAGCGCCUCCAUCCGCAAUGAACAUCUAGAGGAGCGUCAGGCGAUGGGAUGAAAAUGAGACGUCACAGGGUUUUCUUGAUUUGCACGGUGGGACUGUGUGUCAUUUCCUUCCUGCAUUACUACAAGGCUCUUCACUACGUGUCCCUGCUGAGGGAGCUGUCCGCACCUUACCCUAACAUCAAAUCCUUCAUCAUGGUCACUGGUUUCUUCUGGAAGGAGGGCACCACCCCGCUGUCCAGCGCGUCUCCGGAGGAAGGGCCCCGUCUGAUGCACGGAAAGCUCCGGGCCGGAGGAGGUCUGGACCUCGACACCGGACAAGAACCUGAAGCACUGCAGCCGUGGAAGAGACCUGAAGAUCCACAGCAGCACAGGGGCCCGGGGACUACAGAGGUCCAUAAGGGAGGUUUGAUCGCCUGGCAGCCCAGCAGCCCGACCCACCAGAAGCCAAACCCACAGAGAGACUCUGCGGUGAAGAAUCUUCAGACACGUCACGCCUCGACUCCAGAUCCGCUGGAAUCCCUGGGCGACCUGCACCGCCGCACACACGUCCUCCAGGACGACCGCUCCCCUUAUUUCGUCCGCACCAAAGCAGGCGCACUGUGCUUCCGUCAGGGGACGGAGGUGGCACCGCCUAAAGACGAGACUUUGAAAGUGAGACCUAGCGUGGCUGGCCUCGUCCAGCGAAGAAUCCUGCAGAAGCCUGACGAGUCGAAGGCUCCGGUGAAAUCAGUGGAGGAGUCCGGAGCCGUUCGAGGGAAGCCCAAGCGUGGCAAGCGACUUGUGAAGUGUGUUUGCCGGCCAGGCUGGCACGGCCCGUACUGCGGAGUGCCCACUAUGGUGUACCACUCCAAUCUGCCCACGAAAGAGAGACUGACCCCGCGCGAGACGCCUCGUCGCGUCAUAAACGCCAUCAACGUGAACCACGAGUUUGACUUGCUGCACGUGCGCUUCCGUGAGCUCCUCCGAGCCGUGGAUCUCUUCCUCGUGUGCGAGUCCAACUUCACGGCGUACGGAGAGAGGCGUCCGCUGAGGUUCCUGCAUCUGCUGCUCAACGGAACCUACGAUUACGUGCGCCACAAGAUCCUCUACGUUUUCCUGGACCAUUUCCCAGACGGCGGCCGACAGGACGGAUGGAUCGCUGACGACUACCUGCGCACCUUCCUGACUCGCGACGGCAUGGCGCGGAUCGUGGGCUCACGGCCCGAUGAUGUUUUUCUCAUCAACGAUGCGGACGAAAUCCCAGCUCAGGAGGGAGUGCUUUUCCUUAAGCUUUUCGAUGGCUGGACGGAGCCCUUUGCCAUCCACAUGAGGAAGUCUCUGUACGGAUUCUUCUGGAAGCAGCUGGGCUCCCUCGAGGUGGUGUCUGGGUGCACCGUCGGGAUGCUUCGGGACGUCUAUGACAACGACGGGAUUCGGCUCCGCAGGCGGGAGUACUACACCAUGCCGGGGUUCCGGAAGUAUGAGAAUGACACCGGACACAUCUUGGUGCAGUGGUCGAUCGGAAGUCCGUUCCAUUUCGCAGGCUGGCACUGCUCCUGGUGUUUCACGCCAGAGGGAAUUCACUUCAAACUCAUUUCGGCCCAGAACGGCGACUUUCCUCGCUGGGGUGACUACGAGGACAAGCGCGAUCUCAACUACAUAAGGGAGCUGAUCAGAACCGGGGGCUGGUUCGACGGCUCCGUGCAAGAGUACCCUCCAUCGGACCCUAAGGAACACAUGUACGCCCCCAAAUACAUGUUGGAUAAUUACGAUCACUACCGCUACUUGUUGGAGAACCCUUACAUCAAGCAGUCCAACCUAGGAGGUGCAUAGAGGAGAAUGAGGGCCAAAGAUGGUUUGAUUGAAGACCGUAAGGAACGGGAACAGAGAGGGAGAGAAGAGAACGCUGUCCUGUUUCUCUCUUUCCUCUCUCUCAUUGGUCCCAACGCCGUCCAAUAUGUGAAUGCAGGCCUUGCAGAAACCAACUGCAAACCUUUCUGUUUUGGUCGGUGUUUACAAGAAUGAUUUCCAGAGACUCUGCGAUAGACGCCUCUUGUGUUGACUAUACAAGACUGUGUGUGUGUGUGUGUGUGUGUGUGUGUGAAAGAGAGAGAGUGAAUGAUGCGUGUGUGUGAUCAGACUGAAUUUCAUUGGUGCACAGACUUUCUCGCUUGCACUUCAGAAUCAAAAUAAGGAAACUCAUUGCACAAAUGCCACAUUUUUGGGUUUGUUGACAGCUUGUAAAUUCCUCCCGAACUCAAACGUCUUUUUCCUCGGUCAGAAAAAUAUCUUUGUGUAUCAUUGUGAGCUGUUCUGAAUGAGUUUGUGGACGAGAGAGAGAAAGAAAGAGGCCAUUCGAGAGAAACGGGGCUUUGUUUGAGCUCUGCUGGGUUCUGAUGGAGCUGAUAUGUGAGAUUGUGCCGAGGUCUGCUCGGACAACACAAAUGAGCUUCCUGUUUGAGAAAGCUGUGCAGAAAACAUCCUAAAGCUGGGAAAAGAGCUGUUUUCAAGUCAGAUAUUUAGUCUACGAACCACCCACCAGAAUGGGGAGGAGCCUGAUAAAAAUAAGUCAGAGGCUCUGUUCUAAACUAGUGACAUGUCUAUGUAGGCAGCACUUUAAGGCUGUAUCCCAACACAAAGGUUGUUUUAAAUCAGUCUGCUGCCUUCUAAGAUACCUUCUUUUGACUAAAUCUAUAAUUCUAAUUCUUUUUUAUUAGUUUUUUCAGAGAAUGCAUGAUCUAAGAAUGCACUGCGACAAUCUACUUGAAAAAAACUUUAAUGAUGGCCGGCAAAGACUUGUUUUUACAUUCAUAAAAAAGUUUAGUCCAAUGUGUAUUUUUUUGUUGUUAGUUUAGCAACAUGCAUCUUGCUUAACUGGAAUCAGCAAUGCAGCUCACUGUGUUUGGAACAGAGCCAUGUAGUGUUCGGUGGUCUUGGCUCUCUCGUGUUUUAAUUUUAAGUCAGAGUAGGAAGGAGUUUCUUCUGAAAUCUGGCUCUGGAAAUUCCCUGUUCUCCGAGCUGUGAAGCCGCCUGAUCGCAUCCGCAUGGGGUCCUCUGGCGCUGUUAAAGUCAACGUGAAAUCAACAUCGACUCUCUUAAUUUAUGAUCCUGUCUUAUGGUGAAUGAAUCAACAUUAAUAUUCUGAAGAAUUACGGCUGACAUCAUUAAUCCACCGACACAAACUGAUCACUUCAUCAUAGAAAAAAAUUGCUUUUAAAGUCGUUCAAAUGAAGUUCUUAGCAAUGCAUGUUACUAAUCAGAAAUGAAGUUUUAAUAUAUUAAGUAUCUUCAUGAACAUGAUUUUUGCUUAAUAUCCUAAUGAUUUUUGAAGUUUUUACCCAUGCAGUGCAUUGUUGGUUAUUUCUACAAACACACCUGAGCUCUUAUGAAUGCUUCUCUGCAGAUGGGUUGUGAAUGUCAUUUCAUGUUGACUUUAAUCUCCAAAGUGAUCAACCAUAAACAAACUCCCAUAAACAUGGAAUCACGUCCAAAGAGCAUUAUCUCUCCGUCAGACAUGCUGCUAAAAACAGGUCUCCAGAUAUAGGAGAUAUCCAUGCGCCGGGAAAUAGAAAUACUGCCAUGGUGAAAUAUAUAUCGCCAGUGUUCGAGGCUCACGGAUUCCUCGCUGGUGCACACACAUAUCUGCGCGGCCUGUUCUGUGUCCCAACAGCGGCGCAUUACAAACAGGCUAAAGAUAGAGACGGCGUUCGAUGUCUGAAGACAGAGCAGAUCUCAGCACGGAGACAGGUGCGCAAGCGUUUAUAGAGCUCAGCCGGCGGGGUCUCGGAUGUGCUUCGGCGCCCGUGACCUUCGUGUGCUCAGUAGAAGACAGAUCGGGUGACAUCUCCAAAUCUGUGUGAGUUCCGCAUGGGAAUAGAGCCGGGAUGCUUUUGUUCCAGCGACCUUAUCCUCAAACUCGGACUGGAGUUCGUUUGGUUCCCACUGAAUCACAAUCAGUUCGCUUCUGCAUAUCAAGCAGCCUACAGGUGCAGGAAUAUCCGUAUUAAUGGCCUUAUGAGUGACCUCUUGAGUUGACUUCAUGUUUUACAGACAGGAGAGCCAAACUCAUAUCUGCAGAAUGAGAAUGAAGAAUCCGUCCUUCCAUGACCGCCGUGCCAUAUUUAGUUCAGAAGAACAUUCGACUGCUCAGAGGAGAUUGCGUGUAGAAUUGAAUGAUCGUUUUACUCGUUGAAGUGUUUUUCUGUAGAUCAGGAGCUCACGGUCCUCUUCAGAUGAUGGAGCUCUCUCUUUCUCUCUCUCUCUCUCAGUUUGGGACUUAUUGUCUUUUUUUUGUUUUGUGUUGUUUGCUGUUGUAAAUGUUGUUGCUGUUUACAUUAUUUAUCUUAUUUAUUACUCUCCUGUUUCUGUGUAGAAAAGGGAAGCUCGGUCUGUUCGUGAAGAGAGAAGUUCUUCUAUGACUCGGUAUGAAAGACUGAAACGUCUCUCUCCUUCACGUCAUCCCUCCAUCCUGUUCUCUCACACCGUAUUAUUCAUCUAAAACACGAUGGUGAAGUCACUCGUGAACCUUCUUGGUCAGAAACGCUUUAUGCUAGUAUGCGAACGAACGCGUUCUACUGCUUUUAACAUUUGAGACUUUCUUUCUUUUAUAAUGUGACAUGCAUACAAGUGUACAAAUUACCAGAGGAAGGAAAACGUGUUUCUGUGAACUGGAUGUUUAUUGGAUGUUGUGUAUGAAGACGAGUUUAAGACUAAAUCCUGCAUACGUCACUAGUCACUUAAGACUUUUUAAUUAAACAUUAUGAGGUCAAAAAUAUUCAAAUGAAAGCUAAAUUGUUUGUAAUAAGACCAAGAACUUCAAUUUGGGGUAAAUAAAAAGAACAAAAUGAAUCGAAUGAAUUAGAAUUGGGUGCAUUUUCAUUCCAAAGACUGACUGAAGUCAUAAUUGAUCAUAAUAAUAACGCCGCUGCAUUAAACCUGGUCCUGACUAAGAUUCCAGCUACAAGCAAUAAUUCUGUCCAGCGUCAAACAUCAAUCAAACAUCACAGCCAAUCAGAAGCGUGAGUGGGCGGGGCUUUCUUGAAGCCACUGCUCUUGAAACCAUUUCAUGAAUAUUAAACAUUUUUAACCUUAUUAAAUGUCAUCUUUGUCAUGUAAUUCGCACUGAGUUAGGACUUUUUAAUUUGCUUCUUUCUCAAGAUCUGAGGUAAACGUCUAUGUUGCUUUUAUGACUAAAACCGCACGCAAAAUGGUAUUUAAACUCACAUUAGACACGUUUAACUGAUAAAACACAUAAUUACAUGAGAUUAUCUACACGUCAUACGGUUUGUAUAUGUUGUUGUUCCAGAAAUGCAUUUCUGAGAUAGAAAUUUUGGCUCACCGUCGCUCAUGAAACGUCUGAGAACAAAACCUGGCCUUCUGAACGCUCCCGUUCGCAUAGUUGCAUAAAGCUUGAUUCAUCCAGCGUUUGUCUCGUGACUCACCUGUGAACGGAGUCGUCUCAUUUAUCAGGGAGCUUUGCUCGCAGCUCGUUCCGUUUUGUGAUAAACGGAUGGAUGUUAAAUAUAUGCGCAUACAUACAUGACUGAGCCGCUGUCAUCAGUUUGGUGUCAUCAGCCUGAUUUCAUCAAGUACAGGAUGUUCCUGGAACAACGUUCCAAUCAACCAAUCAGCAUUGAGGGAUCAUUCUUCAGGAAAUAUCUGUCCUAGGCUUAUGAUCAGGGUCAGGUGCUUCUACAUCUUUUUUCAUCAGCUGUCAUUUCCCACUGAUUUAUAGAUUCUGGGUAGGGUCAGGUUUAGGGGCAGGGAUUGGGAGGAGUCUCUAUUUUUAGCCGGUAAUGUUGAUCCAGGAUCAUGUGUUACUUGACAGAACCCCUGUGACCCAUCAGCUUAUCUGCUGCUUGAAGAAGAAGCGAGUGUCAAACGCUCAGGGCUCCACAAACACCCUUCAGGAAACAAUAGUGAACGUCACGAUCUGUGCUGUCAAACUGUUCAUAUCUGCACUGCAUUUGACCUUUUUUUUAAGCGUAACUUAUUCAGUGUGUUCUGCUUUAAUAUAUUGAAGGGUUUUUUUUUUUUAAUGUGGUUACAUUUUUUGGUGAAGUUAACAUUUCUUAUCAUAAUGUGUGUAAUCUUGUAUACGACGCGGAGAUCCUUAAAUGUAACACAAAGAUCAUGUUUAUCACUAUUAUUGACACACUGUAUGGGUUUUUGUUCUGCUAACCAAACCAGUUUCACUUCAACGGUGAUCUGAAUUUAUAUGCGCUGCAGUGUGAACGCUCUCCUCCAAUCACGUCCACUCUCACUCUCUCUCCUCCAAUCACGUCCAUUUGUUUCUCACUCUCCUCCACUUGCAUUCUCUCUCUCUGUCUCCGUGUGUGUGUGUGUGUGUGUGUGUGUGUGUGUGUGUGCGAGAGAGAGAGUUUCUCAUACUGGUUCACAGACGGAGUGAUUUCUCUAAAAAUCACAGUCAAACGAAGGACGUAUCGGCGAGAAGAGAAUUAAAGUGUUGGAAAAGAAGAGAAUCUCCUGAUUUCUCUCUGCACUGCUAAGAAGGAGCGUGUACAUUAAAUGAGUUUAUACAAUCCUUUUUGUUUUGUGUAUAUGAAUGGCUAUAUGUUAACCUUGAAGAAAAAUGAAAAAUAACAAAUUCUAUGACAAAAACUAUAAUAAAUUAAUUUGAAAACCA